AUAAGAAUACAUAUGUUUUACAACACCCACGGGCAGAAAUUAAGAAAAAAAAGUGCCUAUUCUAAGCUACGCGCCAAAAAACCGCCUUUUCCCAGAGAACGCGUCAUAUGACGUAACGACAGGCAAACAUAGGCGCUGCAGCCCUGGUUCUCAGUGUGGGUUUACGUAGUCUGAGAGGUGGAAACAGAAAAUAGAGAUUGUCGUUAUCGUUAUUAUAGUUAUAGUAGGUUUGAGUUGUCACAAUGGUGAAUUCUUGUGUUUGUUUUGGAUGCAACAACUCCAACUUGUCUGGCCAUCGGGUCCACCGAUUUCCAAACAAGAAACACAAAGAUUUCCGUGCUUGGAUAUGUUUCGUCCAGGCAAAGAGAAGCAAUUUCGCUGCCUCCUCGUUGACAAGACACACGGUGGUAUGUGAAAAACACUUCACACCGGACAGCUACAACCAAGGAGAUCUUAUGGAAUUUCGCAUGGGAUUUCGACGAAAAGAGUGGGUUAGGCUGGCAAAUGGAGCUGUGCCAUCGGUGCAUGCAAGUCCACCUGCAAAAUCUGGCGGGAGUGAAGAGUCUAACGUUAAUGUUAGCACUAGCAGAGAAUCUGCACGUCGAAAACGGGAGCUUUGCACAAUUUUGGGAGAGAGUGCUGCCAGCAAAGACGGGGCGGGUGCAACUGCCACUUCAGAUCCUGAUGGAGAUGGAGACAUCUCUACAAUGGACCCUGAGCCAGAACUGAUUUAG